AUGGUUAGUUCUCUCUCUUCUCUCUCUCUCUCUCUCUCUCUCUCUCUGUUUAAUUGCUUUAAAAAUAGUUUAAUUUCUUCCUCUUUCUGUUUUUUUUUUCUUUUGUUUCCUACCUCUCUCUUUUCUCUUUUAAUUCCUCUAUUCUUUUCUCUUCCUUUUUAUUCUCUCUCUCUCUUUCUUUACCCCAUCUUUUUUCUAUUCUCCUUUCUUUCUCUCUUUGAACUUUCUCUAUUCCUUUCCUCUUUUUUCUUCUCUUUCCUAUCUUUUUCUUCUCUUUCCUCACGUAUCUUUUUCUUUCUUUCUUUCUCUCUUUUUUUUUCUGUACCUUUCUUCUCUCUCUUUUUCUCCGCCUUUGCUGUUUUUCUCUUCUCUAUCUCUCGUUCUCUUCCUCCUCUUUUUCUGUUUCUAUACUUCUCCCUCUUUUUCUCAUUCUUUUUCUAUUUUCUCCCUCUUUUCCUCCAUUUUUGUUUUCUCACUCUCUCUCUUUUUUCCUUUAACGUUUUUUUUCUACCUCUUCUUUUUCCUCUUUUCUCUCUUUCCACUUCCCCUCUUUUUCUCUUCUCUCUAUUUCCUCUUUCCUCUCUUUUAUCUUUCCUCUUCUCUCUCUCUUUCUCUUUACUCUUCUUUUCUUUGUCUUCCUUCUCAUUUUCCUCGUUUUCUGCUGGUUUUAUUUUACUUGAACAAACCGCAAACGACUUUCAUUCUUCCUAUUCUUUUACAAUCUUUUUCAAAAUAUUUUCAUUUUCCUUUUAUUCUUGUUUUUUUUCUUUCACCAUUUUUUUUUCUAUUUUCUUCCCUUUCAUUACUAUUUCCUUCUUUAAUUCCAUCUUUAUUUCUUUAUUAAUACCAAGAACGUCUGGAACAUUCCCACCUCCAAAAUUGUCUCACCAACACAAAUGCUUCUCUUUAUAUCCUAUUACUCCAACACUCAUCUCACACAAACUCUCUCUCAUUCUUUUACUUUCCUCUCCUUACAACAAUGCCUCCCUUUUUACCCCUCUCUAA